GAACUUUCAACAUCGGUAGGUGGUACAAUUUAUAGUACGGAACAUCAUUUCCCGUACGUGCUGAUGGUGUAAAUCUUACCACACCUGGAGCACACCUCUAUGCUACGCUGACACGGCCUUCAAUCUACUCUCAGAGGUAAUAUGCCAACCCAACUUCGUUGACUUCUAUCGGGGCACCCAGCCUCGUGAGGAAUAUUUGUCGACCUUUUGUCUUUUGCAUUUACAUUCCUUAUUACCAAGGAGCACAGAAGCAAAAUAAACUUCACAUCACAAUCUAUCGCCAGCAUCAUGUCAAUGCCAGACAAUUUUCUUGACCUCCCAGCUAUGGAACCUCCCGCUGGCGAGGUACAAAAUCUUGAUAACCCACCGAACGGGAACAAUACCGUUAUUGGCAUUUAUUCUGUGUGCAUUGCACUUGCUUCCGUAUUCGUCGUCCUGCGUCUCUAUGCCAAAUUCAUUUUCACGAAAACCGCAAGAGUUCAGGAUUAUCUCAUUCUUCCGACCUUUUGUAUCUUCAUUGCACAUUGUGUGUACUGGCUGAGAAUGAAUGGAACUACAGGAAACUUGGUCCACACGUGGAAUUUCCGUAUCGGGGCUAUGGCCCCAUUUUAUAAGAACGGCUUCUACGGGCUCCAGUUCUACUCGGCUGUAAUGCUGGCUAUCAAACCGCUGAUCCUGCUUGAAUGGAUUCACAUAUUCGGUUCAGCUGGACGACGAUUCACCUGGAUAUGUUAUAUCCUGGGAACAAUCAACGUUCUUACAUACUUCAUCGCCAUUACGGUCGAUUCCUCGGCCUGCAAGCCGCGUGAGGCUUGGUGGGACAUCACAAUCCAAGGCCACUGCAUCAACACCAGGAAUCUCCCAAUCGCCACUGGCACUAUAAAUGCCGUGGUAGACGUAUUCAUUCUGCUACUUCCACAGGGAAUCAUUUGGAGGUUGCACAUGUCCAGAGACAAGAAGAUUGGCGUCGCCCUUGUCUUCGCAGUUGGGCUUUUAUCUUGUGGUGCAGCUCUUGCGCGGAUGAGUCUGGGAUAUAUCUAUUCCGACUCGGAAGAUGUUGCCUACUUCUUCUCCCAAGCCGGUCUCUUUUGUGUCGUCGAGAUGACGGCUGCGAUCAUCGUCUUCUCGGCCCCAACAAUACCAAAACCUCUUGGUAACUUUGCUAAGCAGGCUACCAGCUCAAUCGGUCGACUGCUUAGGUCCUUCAGUGGUGGUUCAACUUACAGAACUGGAGCUGCGGAUACAAAGGCCAAUGCCUAUGUACAUAUCGACGAGCACGGAAAUGCAGUGCCUCUUGCGAAGCUGAGAUCUGGUAAGAGUGGAGAAUCUGCCAAAUCUGGACAGACUGGGCAGAAGCGCGCAGAGAGCAUUGAGACUACAGCUGAUUCGGUAGUUUAAGUAAUGGUGUAAAUGGAGGUCUUAUCUCUCGUGUUCAGAAUAUCUCAUUCAUAGUAACGAAUAGAAGAUUAUGUUAAAAUUUAUAUUUAUUAAAGGGUUAAGGUAUAUGAGUUUAUAAUAGCUUGUGGGAUUACCGGUUAUUUGUCAGAUCAGAAACAAAAACUACUUUUUCUAUUUUUCGUUCACAACCCGCACUUCCCAUUCUCUCAUACAAAUCUUUUAAAACCA